AAGCAAGGUAGAGUUCCAGUUCAGGGUUGGGAGCAGCUUAUUCCUUCUUUCCCGCCCUCUCUCUUUCUCCCUCUCUCUCUCUCUCUCUCUCUCCAAAAUCACUGCUUCUCAAAUCAUAAACUCUUCUUCUCCAAAAUUAAUCUUCCUUUCUUCUCAUUCAAAUAAUCUUAAAAACCUGCCAACAAAGUAACUAAUUUAUCACAAACUCGUUUCACACAUUCAAUUGCUCCGUAUUAUUAUUUUUAUCAAUUAUCAAGACUUAUGUAACUUGUUACUAUAUAACCUCAUUCCACUUUCUUUCUCUUAAAUUUUUCUACACAUUCUACCCAUAGAUAUUGAAGCAAGUAUGCUUCAAAGAACCCACAUUCAUGUUAUUCUCAUUGUCCUGUUUUCCUGCAAUUUUCUCUUCUCUUUUGUUUCGUCUUCCGCUUUUAAUCUUACUCUCCAACAUGAACACCCUUAUCCAGAACAUAUUGUUCAAGAAUUUCACAGGAGAGUUAAUGCUUCUCUAAGCAGGAGGAAAACCCUAGAGUCCUUGCAAGAAAAGGACCAAAUUUCUUGUGGAACGGGUAAUCCAAUUGAUGAUUGUUGGAAAUGUGACCCUAAUUGGGCUUCUGACCGGCAACACUUAGCUGAUUGUGCAAUUGGGUUUGGUUACAAGGCACUUGGAGGCAAAGGUGGGCCCAUUUAUGUAGUCACGGACUCCUCGGACCCGAACCCACAUAAGCCUAAGCCGGGGACCCUAAGAGACGCCGUGAGCCAACCUGGCCCGGUUUGGAUUAUAUUUGGUAGUGACAUGCUUAUUAAGCUCAAAUAUCCCCUAGUAGUCACUAGCUUUAAAACUAUUGACGGGCGUGGUGCUCAUGUGGAAAUAACCGGUGGAGGGUGCAUAAUAAUAGAGCAUGUUACUAAUGUGAUCGUUCACAAUAUUAACAUACAUCAUUGUUAUCCAGCUAACUCAGAUGGUGAUGGGCUACAUAUAUUUUCGUCGAGUAACGUUUGGGUAGACCAUUGCACGUUGUCUAAUUGCGCGGAUGGGCUAAUUGAUUGUACGGUGGGAUCAACGGCUAUCACAAUAUCGAACAACCACUUCUUUAAUCACGAUAAGGUGAUGUUACUUGGGCAUAGUGACGACUAUUUUGGUGAUAGAGGGAUGCAGGUAACGGUGGCAUUCAAUCGAUUUGGUGAGGAAUUGAAUCAAAGGAUGCCUAGGUGCCGGUUUGGGUAUUUCCAUGUGGUGAAUAACGAUUACUCGAGUUGGGUUGAGUACGCGGUAGGUGGUAGCUCUAGACCUACUAUCAACAGCCAAGGAAAUCGGUACAUUGCACCACCCAAUCCAAAUGCCAAGGAGGUAACAAGAAGGUUGGAUGCAGAUGGGCAAGAAUGGGAAGGUUGGAAUUGGAGAACAGAAGGUGAUUUAAUGAUGAAUGGAGCCUUCUUUGUGCCAUCAGGUGAUGGGGUUAAUCCUCAAUAUUCCCUAGCCUCAAGUAUGGAACCUAAACCUGCUGCUUUUAUUGACCAACUUACUCUCUACGCCGGCAUCUUGCUUCCUAAUCGAGGCAUAGCGAAUCCUGGAUCAAGAGGUAGUGGCAUUAGUAGCGGUGGUGGGCUAAUUCCUGGUGGCGGUGGUGCGGUCCCUGGUGGCGCUGGGGGUGUCCCUGGAGGCAUGUACGGCACGGGAGGCGGUUACAAUAACCCUCCAGGAGAAGGAGACUACUAUGAGGGAGGAGAAGGUGGAUUGUUUUUUAGCAGUGCACCACCAUCUUCACCUUGUUGUCAAGCAUUCAUCAUUUUGUCAACAUUACUUAUUUUGACUUUACGUUUUACCACAAAUGGUAAUUUUCUUUUAUAGCUAGGCUUAUAAAAUUAAUACGAAGUAAUUAUAUAGAUCAUUAUUCAA